AUGGUUUUACGCAUUCAGCUCACCUUUCCCUAUUUUCAGUUAAAAUCUUACUGCACUUUCUGCGGAUACAAUUGUAUUUUUCUCUGGAAACCACAUUCUCCACUACCAAACAUUUGAAAACCAAAACAUAAAAACCAGAACAGAACAAACCAAAGCAAAACAAAAACAAAAACUCCUGUGGGCAUUGUACAGCACUUGUGAUUGUACAGUCUAUAUAUACUCUGCCUAUGCAACAGAGCAAAUCACAUUUUCCUUUUGAGCAAUGGAGUUCCGGGCAGGUCUCACGACAAUCCAAGUAGUUGAGGCAAUUUCAGUUCUGGCUGUUCUGGUUUUGCUGAGCUCCGGGGGAGUUAAAUGCAGAAAAGCCCGUAAUUUGGAUUCAUUCGAGUACUCUGCAAUAAGUUGCAGAGCCCACAGUGCAUCGUUGACGGAUUUUGGUGGAGUCGGCGAUGGAAUGACGUCGAAUACGAAGGCCUUUCAGGCGGCCAUUAGUCACUUGAGCCAGUUCAGUUCCGAGGGCGGCUCUCAGCUCUUCGUUCCUCCCGGAAAAUGGCUGACGGGUAGCUUCAACCUCACCAGUCACUUUACUCUGUUUCUUCACAAAGAUGCCGUUCUUCUGGCUUCUCAGGAGGAGAGCGAAUGGCCGGUGAUUGAACCCUUGCCAUCCUAUGGUCGAGGAAGGGAUGCAGUGGGUGGGAGGUAUGUAAGUCUUAUCUUCGGAACCAACCUCACCGAUGUCGCGGUAAUAGGGGACAAUGGCACCAUUGAUGGUCAGGGUGAGCUCUGGUGGCAAAAAUUCCAUGAAGGAAAGCUAAAAUACACCAGGCCUUACUUGAUUGAGAUUAUGUACUCUGAUAAUGUGCAAAUAUCCAAUCUUACAUUGGUGAAUUCACCAUCAUGGAAUGUUCAUCCUGUUUACAGCAGCAACAUUAUCGUACAAGGGAUUACGAUACUUGCACCAGUCACCUCUCCAAACACAGAUGGGAUUAAUCCAGACUCUUGCGCGAACACCCGAAUUGAGGACUGUUACAUUGUCUCCGGAGAUGAUUGUGUUGCAGUGAAGAGUGGUUGGGACGAGUAUGGAAUAGCAUUCGGAAUGCCAACCCAGAAGCUUAUAAUCCGACGCCUCACGUGUAUCUCUCCAUUCAGUGCAGUGAUCGCACUGGGCAGUGAGAUGUCUGGCGGGAUCCAAGAUGUGAGGGCAGAAGACAUCGUAGCCAUCAAUUCAGAAUCAGGAGUCAGGAUCAAGACUGCAUCAGGAAGGGGAGGGUUUGUGAGGGACAUAUAUGUUAGGCAGAUGACCAUGAAAACCAUGAAAUGGGCGUUUUGGAUGACAGGGAAUUACGGGUCUCAUCCCGACAACAACUACAAUCACAACGCACUUCCCAUGAUCCAGGGGGUUAACUACCGGGACAUGGUUGCUGAGAAUGUGACAAUGGUGGCUAGACUGGAGGGAAUUUCUGGGGAUCCAUUCACCGGAAUUUGCAUAUCAAAUGUAACCAUUGGAAUGGCAAAGAAGGCAAAGAAAGUUCCAUGGAAUUGCACUGAUGUUGCUGGGAUUUCUAGUGGGGUGAACCCUAAAGCAUGCAAUCUCUUGCCUGACCAGGGGCCUGCAGCAUGCACUUUUCCAACAGACAGCCUGCCAAUUGAUAAUGUUGAAGUACAGAUGUGUUCUUACAGGGUAAAAUAUUUCUGAAACAGAGGACCAUAUAGGAAAUGUGUAUUGGGAGCUUGUUUCCUGGAGAGUUCCUACUAAGCUUUUUUUGUUUUCGGCAAAUAUGUAAGUACUUAAACCCUUCAGUGCAUUGCCAAUUAUUGGUAUGAAUGAAGAAGUGUUGCACCAUUUAAAAUUGUGAAAUGAUCAGUUAUGUUUACCUUGUUGCAA